AUGUGCCAGCCAGGCAGGGGAAGUCCACCUUUCCUCCCCACCUAUCCCCUGAGAUUCACAGAGGCAAGGCUGAGAACGAGCCCUUGUGCUCAUUGCUUCUUUCCCCCAACCACUUAGCAGUGUGGACACUGAUUAACUGCAGCUGGGAUCUAGUGUGCCCAGCCUGUCUUUGAAAUGGAUCAAUGAGCUCCUUCUCCAGGAAUGCUCCCCCCUAACCGUGUAGGGGGAGGUGGUGGCUGUGGUGGUCCUCUCCAACAUGGGCGUCCUGGUUCUGACUGCCUAAGAGAAGGUAUUACAAGUGGAUAAAUAAUGUGCACUGCUCUGAGCCCAAAGGUACGCAGUGGACCUGGCCUCUCUGAUAUGCAUCAGUAUAGCCAAUGGCUGGCCAGCAGACAUGAAGCUAAUUUGCUACCGAUGAAAGAAGAUCUGGCCUUGUGGUUAACCAAUCUAUUAGGGAAGGAGAUUACGGCAGAAACGUUUAUGGAGAAACUGGACAAUGGUGCCUUGCUCUGUCAACUUGCAGAAACUGUUCAGGAAAAAUUCAAAGAGAGCAUGGAUGCUAGUAAGCCCACCAAGACUCUGCCAUUGAAGAAGAUUCCAUGCAAAGCCAGUGCACCCUCAGGCUCCUUUUUUGCCCGAGACAACACAGCAAAUUUCUUAUCCUGGUGCCGAGAUUUAGGGGUUGAUGAAACGUGUCUCUUUGAAUCAGAAGGUUUGGUCCUCCACAAGCAACCCAGAGAAGUGUGUCUCUGCUUGCUAGAGCUGGGCCGGAUUGCAGCCAGGUAUGGCGUGGAGCCCCCUGGUUUGAUAAAAUUGGAAAAAGAGAUUGAACAAGAAGAAACACUUUCUGCCCCUUCUCCUUCACCCUCCCCUUCAUCGAAGUCUUCUGGAAAAAAGAGUACGGGAAACCUGCUGGAUGACGCAGUGAAAAGGAUUUCUGAGGAUCCUCCUUGCAAAUGCCCAAGCAAAUUCUGUGUGGAGAGGCUCUCUCAAGGAAGAUACCGAGUGGGAGAAAAGAUCCUCUUCAUUAGGGGUCUUCAUGGUUGUUACUAUGUCUCCACAGCCAAAGCAAAGCAGACAUUUAAGAUGCUGCACAACAAGCAUGUCAUGGUGCGCGUGGGAGGCGGCUGGGAGACUUUCGCAGGGUACUUGCUGAAACACGACCCCUGCCGGAUGCUGCAGAUCUCCCGCGUGGACGGCAAAACGUCCCCCAUCCAGAGCAAGUCUCCCACCCUCAAGGACAUGAAUCCAGAUAAUUACCUGGUGGUCUCUGCCAAUUACAAGGCUAAGAAGGAGAUUAAGUGAAACCAGUGGGUCAUGACAAGGGGACUCUCACAGUGGCCUGUGUCCACUUCUCCAGUGUAGUCAGUUUAGUUCACAGGCUCCACAAAUUACUGAAAAAGGUGCAACACACAGAAAGAUGCCAUCAUAUCAAAAAAUGUUCAAAGAGUAGCACUAUUUAUUUUAAUGCUUCUGUAGAAAAUGACCUAUGAAAAGAAAUUCUUAAUUCACAUUUAGAUUAGACAAAUUUGUAGGCAAAUGAUUACUUCUCAAUAGGUGAACACAGUAUUUAGGAUACAGUAUUAGAAAUACACUUCUAGCAAGAGAGAAAAACUUAUUAGAAGAAAAUAUUUAGGAUUUACAAAUAAGGAAAACAGAAAGUGCCUGUGUUAUGUCUACAAAGAACCCCAGACAUUUUUGUAAUUGCAGGAUUUUUAAGCUAAUUUUUAAAAAGUGACAAUUCGUGUAAUAAUGUGCUACUAAAAAUACCCAAUAGCACUAUAAAGAAGUCCAGAGUAUUCGCAACAGUAAUACUUUACUGAAAAGUCCACUUCAGAGAAGUUUACAUUCACUCGGAAGAUUGCCUUAAAGUUUAUCCCUUAUCUAUGACCAAAUAUCUGGGGUACUUUUGGAGGUUUUCAGUACACGCCCCUUAGAGAAUCGCUAAUAAACUGGCCCACACACUCCUCGGGCUGUGUUGAGACCAAGUGUAAUUCACACCCAUAAGCUGACCCAUACAUUUAUAUUUUGACAGAGUAAAUUGUACAGUCAAAUGUUCAUUGACUUCAUGUUCUUUUAAAGCAUUCUUAUUAAAGUAUAUCUUUAGUUAAUCCUACUUUGCUAUGCUGUCUAGUACAGUCAAUUCACUGUAGCUAAUAAUGUUACAGACUUAUGUAUACCCUUGUACACCGAGGACAGAGCUGUUUUGUAACCAUAAACGGCAAAAUGUUGUCCUCACUGAUUCAAAAAUUAAAAAGAUAAAUUGAAAAAAAUUUCAUCUGUCUCAA